CCCCUGUCGACACAUGGUCACCACACGCACGCACGUCAACAACACACAGCAAUGUUCGCAGUGGCAGCAGCAGCAUCUUGUGAGCGCCGCCCCAGUGGCGAUGCGCAAGCGACAAAGGCACCAUCCUCAGCGGAUUCCAUGAGUGAAGACACCAUGCCAGCCCCACCGCAGCUGACGGCAACAGAGGUCAUGGUGCUCCAAAGAGCCGCCAUGAUUUUGCGGAAGAAAUACUCCGCUGCUCGCAAAGGACUUGACGUUGAGACAUCCCUUCGUGAUUUCGGUUCUGACGCGCUGUUGCAUUUGCAAGAACAAGUCAUACAUAUCGCCGUCUUAUUCCCAGACGUUGAAAUUGUAGUGGACGCGCUGAGUCCGCCCACGACCGACAUACAUGAGAUAUUUUCAGCGCGGGACGCUGUAAGACUGCGAUUGUUCAAAUGCACACCUCCCAAGCUGGAGACAUCUGCGCUCAACAAGCGGCUGAACCUUGUGCGGACCGUGGCACCAAGCACAGCUUCAAAGAAAGAGCUGAACAAGCAGGGGAGAGAGGGGGGUGUGGAUAGCACCUUCCCUUACUUUAUCUCCAUCGACUCGUCGACCUUCGCGGUUACCUCACAACUCGCCAAGCAGCUUGACAUGGCCACAGCAACACAUGGCGACGGGACCUCUGGCUUUGAAGACAUCAGCACGGACGAAUACAAAGAGUGGAUCCAAUACCAAAUGGUGGUGUGCAUUCACAAUUACUUCAAUCGCAAGAAGCUGCACAGCCGCAUGAUGGUCAUCGCCAACGCGCCUGUCUCGAACACGCAGCAGUACAAGAUUGACGCUGCGUUUCGUCCGACCGUGUGCGAGCUGCACCACAACUUUCUGCCUCUUAUCAUUGAGUUGGAGCAGCAGCGUGCACAGCGAGCGGAAGCACAGGAGCAAUUGCGCGAACACGCAUUGCACGCAAUCAAGUGCGUUCCCCGCUGGGAGUCUGUGAUCAAGGGGCUGAUGUACCCCAUCGGCAUCGCCGUCGCCGGGAACUGUGUUGAUGUGUAUGGUUUCGUCCUUGGACACAAGACGUUCGCUGGUGGCCAGAAGAUGCCAGUCAUCAACACCAUCACCCUAACAUCCACCACGCUGUCCAAGUUCUCCCGUGUGCUGGAUGUGCUCUUGUCUGAGCCCCUGCUGGCCUACUACGACUCGCUCUACGCUCGAUGCUUUGGAGCCCCUGCCACCACCUCUCCGCCACCGCCGCCAUCUACCCAGGGCGAUAUCCCACCUGCUCUUGUUGAGCGCAUUCACUUGAGCGACCAUCGCCCCGACGAACCACAGCAGCCACAGCAGCACCAGCACCAGCAGCCACAGCAGCACCAGCAGCACCAGCAACUACAGCAGCAGCAGCAGCCACAGCACCAUCAGCAGCAGAAAGAUGAGGUCAUCUUGGCCAACAUGCGCGUGUUCUUCGAGUUUGAAGAAAUCAAUGCAGACGUAAAGAUUAUUGACGACACUGUGGUGAAGCGUGUGCCUGACGACCACAACAUCGACCGCAUUCGUCUUAUGUGGCGCAUCCUGCACCCACGUCACCCGAUUCGCGUCAUCAACAGCAACACCAUCGUCAUGCCCUUCCUCGGCAGCGGCAAGUUCACCACGCCAGAGCAGCUGUUGUGUGUGGCAGAGCAGCUUCUGCGGUUGUGUUUCCACUCACUUUCCCACGCCGAUGUGCGGAAGGAAAACAUAGCGGUGAGGAACGCUAAAGUCGCGUUCCUCAUUGACGUUGAGGAUUUUGGAACGCACACGCCGGACGGGUUCAACUGUUGUCUGCUGGAACGCCAUCCUGACUUGUUUUGUCGCUCGGGCAGGGACCGGCUGCCGUUCAAAAGCAUCCACGACUUUUACUCACUGGCCAUGGCAUGGGCUCGCCCCGACUUUGGCGAGAGGUUUGAUGUCCUGAGAACGUGUGAUCGGUUUGAGGAUGCGUGCCGGCGACUUGUUGAGUGGCUGCAGCAGAAGAAGCGUGACAUGGCGCAUGAGAGCGAUGGGAACGCCGAUGACGGUGACCAGGGAAACGCUGAUGAUGAUGAUGAUGAUGAUGAUGAGGAGGAGGAGGAGGAGCAGCAGCAGCAGCAGCAGCAGGAGGGGGAGGAGGAAGGCCGUGAGGUGGGCGUAAAGAAGAAGCUGAAGAUCCUCAACAAGCUCAUCGAAGGAAUGCAGAACGCUACCAUUCUUUGACCUGUGUUGGUGCAACCACCCUUGCCUUCUUUUAUGGUGGUGGCGGUGACAGGGGAUGAUGAUGACGGUAGUGGUGGUUGAGGUGGUGGUUGAGGUGGUGAAAUUGCUGUGUCUGGUGUUUUGUCUGCUGUUGCUGUUGCUAAUUUGCUUGUUGUGGUGGGCCAGGCCUCCUUGUGAUACUUGUUGUGCGUGCUAUGAUGGUGUGACUUCCAUGAAGCUAAAUAUGGUAUGCGUCUAUCCCGUGCAUAAAAGAGUGACGUGACAUAUGGCAUGACAUGACAUGACACGACACGCC